CCAUUUUCCAACAAUCAUCAACACCCCAGAUUACUUUCAAAAAUCGCACAGUCAUCGAGAAUGCCGUUCCUCACAAACUUCACUCUUCCCAGCUCGGCUCAGGAGCUCGAGGUGCCUGAGACCUCCGACGCUGCGUUGUUCCUCGUCUUCGUGUCCUCCGAGGACCCCGCGACCCGACAGGCCUGGUGCCCGGAUGUCCGUGCCGCUUGGCCCACGAUCAGGGCGACCUUCUCCGGUGAGGAGAGCCCCCGACUGGCGGUGAUCGAGGUGGGACAGAAACCCGAAUGGAGGGAUCCGCAGAAUGUCUACCGCAACCAGUGGAAGGUGAACUGCAUUCCGGCCCUGGUGCGGUAUCAACGAGUCCAGAGUGAGGUGGUGGAGACGGGGAGACUGGUUGAGGGGGAGAUUCUCAACCAGGAGAAGCUGAGCAAGUUUAUUGGCUCGUCGCGUUGAUCUUGGCUGUGCUUCUUUAGAAUUUUGACUCAAGCUUUAAGUAAUAUGGAUGAAACGGCUACCACGUGAAGAGAACAUUGACGUAAAUUUUAACGUGUUUAUUUAGAGAUGAGGAGGCAGACUCACUCGCUGAUUUGUAACCAGC